AAAAAACUAUCGGUGGAAAAAAAAAGGAAAAGGUUCCCAGGAAUAGGGUUUUUGAGUUUCUCGAUAAUUUGUGAAAACAGACACAGAAACCUUCUGAGUUCUGACGGCUGCUCCGUUACUUUCAUCAAAGCAUUUCCGAGUAUCUUUACCAUCUCCGUCGUCUCAAUCCAGGUCCUUGUAUUAAGCUCUCCCGCUAAAGAAAGAUGACGUCUCGUUUUUUCGCUCAGGGUGGAAGUGAAAGUGAAGAUGAGAGUGAUUUCGAAGAAGAGAUCCAGGAGGUUCAGAAUAACGACAUCAAUAACCGUUACCUUCAAGAUGGCAGUGUCUCCGAUGAUGAGCUCGAUACUAAACGUGUCAUUAAGCCUGCAAAGGAUAAGCGUUUCGAGGAGAUGACCAACACUGUGGAUCAGAUUAAGAAUGCCAUGAAGAUCAAUGAUUGGGUUAGCCUUCAGGAAAACUUUGAUAAAGUCAACAAGCAGCUUGAGAAAGUUAUGAGGAUCACAGAGGCUGUCAAGGCUCCGACUUUAUAUAUCAAAACCCUUGUGAUGCUGGAGGAUUUCAUGAAUGAAUCUCUGGCGAAUAAGGAAGCGAAGAAGAAGAUGAGCACUAGUAACUCCAAGGCUUUGAACUCAAUGAGACAGAAACUGAGGAAGAACAAUAAGCUGUACGAGGAAGAUAUCAAUAAAUAUAGGGAGGCUCCAGAAGUUGAGGAUGAUAAUGAACCAGAAGAGGAGGAUGAAGAAGAUGAGGAAGAGGAGGAUGAGUCUGAGGACGAUGUUAACGAAGAGGAUGAGUCUGGAGAGGAGGUGGAGGAACCUGCUGAUAAUCGCUGGGAGACGAUGCUAAACAAAAAAGAUAAGCAAAUGGAGAAGCUGCUUAGUAAAGAUCCUAAAGACAUCACUUGGGACUGGGUCAACAAGAAGUUCAAAGAAAUCCUGGCUGCUCGUGGGAGGAAGGGAACUGCUCGGUUUGAGCUUGUUGAUCAGCUUACACACUUGACAAAGAUUGCCAAGACUCCUGCGCAGAAGCUCGAAAUCUUGUUUAGCGUUAUUUCGGCACAGUUUGAUGUGAAUCCAGGUCUCAGCGGACACAUGCCUAUCAAAGUCUGGAAGAAAUGCGUGCUGAACAUGCUCACCAUACUGGACAUUCUUGUCAAGUACAAUAACAUUGUUGUGGAUGACUCGGUUGAACCUGAUGAGAAUGAAACUUCAAAGCCAGCAGAUUUUGAUGGAACAAUUCGGGUCUGGGGAAAUUUGGUUGCAUUCAUAGAGAGGAUCGACACUGAGUUUUUCAAGAGCUUGCAGUGCAUUGAUCCUCACACCCGUGAGUAUGUUGAGAGGUUGAGGGAUGAGCCCAUGUUCUUGGCCCUAGCUCAGAACAUCCAGGACUACUUGGAGCGGAUGGGUGAUUAUAAAGCUGCUGCAAAGGUAGCCUUAAGACGAGUUGAGUCAAUAUAUUACAAGCCCCAGGAAGUUUACGAUGCUAUGAGGAAUUUGGCUGAGUUCAUUGAAAAAGAUGAAGAAGCUGAGGAGGCCGAAGAGGAAAAUGGACCUCCUUCUUCAUUCAUUGAAGUUCCAGAGGUCGUUCCCCGUAAGCCUACCUUCUCAGAGAGCAGCAGAGCGAUGAUGGAUCUUCUUGUCUCCCUUAUCUACAGAAAUGGAGAUGAGCGAACCAAAGCCCGUGCAAUGCUAUGUGAUAUCUAUCACCAUGCUUUAAUGGACAACUUUGUGACUGCUAGAGACUUGUUGCUGAUGAGUCAUCUCCAAGACAACAUUCAGCACAUGGACAUCUCAACGCAGAUUCUCUUUAACAGGACCAUGGCACAGCUUGGUCUUUGUGCCUUCCGGGCUGGAAUGAUCACCGAGUCCCAUAGCUGCCUCUCCGAGCUGUACUCUGGUCAAAGAGUGAGGGAGUUGCUUGCCCAAGGUGUCUCGCAAAGUCGAUAUCAUGAGAAGACACCAGAACAGGAAAGGAUGGAAAGGAGAAGACAAAUGCCGUACCACAUGCACAUCAACCUCGAGCUCCUGGAGGCUGUUCACCUCAUCUGUGCCAUGCUUCUUGAAGUCCCAAACAUGGCAGCAAACUCGCUUGAAGCAAGACGCAGAGUGAUUAGCAAGAAUUUCCGUCGCCUGCUUGAGAUCAGUGAGAGGCAAGCCUUCACUGCACCGCCUGAGAAUGUACGUGACCAUGUCAUGGCAGCCACCAGAGCCCUGACCAAAGGGGAUUUCCAAAAGGCGUUUGAAGUUUUGAACUCUCUUGAUGUCUGGAGACUGCUCAAGAACCGGGACAGCAUCCUCGAUAUGGUGAAAGCUAGGAUCAAAGAAGAGGCUCUAAGGACUUACCUAUUCACAUACUCGAGCUCCUACGAGUCCUUAAGUCUUGAUCAGCUGUCUAAGAUGUUUGAUGUCUCUGAAGCUCAGGUUCACAGCAUUGUGAGCAAGAUGAUGAUCAAUGAGGAGCUUCAUGCAAGCUGGGACCAGCCAACACAAUGCAUUGUCUUCCAUGAAGUGCAACACAGCAGACUACAAUCAUUGGCUUUUCAGUUAACCGAGAAACUCUCGGUUUUGGCAGAAAGCAAUGAAAGGGCAAUGGAGUCUAGAACCGGUGGAGGUGGUCUUGAUCUGAGUUCAAGGAGAAGGGACAACAAUCAGGACUAUGCAGGAGCGGCAUCAGGUGGUGGCAAAUGGCAGGACAACAUGAAUUAUGGACAAGGAAGACAAGGUAAUAGAUCUGGAUAUGGUGGACGAUCGUCUGGACAGUCUAGAGAGUGGUCUGGCCAGAACAGAGGAGGAGGGUAUGUAGGAAGAGUUGGUUCAGGAAACAGAGGUGGUAUGCAAAUGGAUGGCUCAAGCCGUAUGGUGAGUCUUAACCGUGGUGUUCGUGCUUAAUGAGGAUGAAGAGAAAUCUUCAAGCAGUGUUGACCUUGGGAGCUCUUUUAAGACAUUCUGUUAUGUUUUUUGUUUGUCGUUGGUUGAUUUUUGGAUCUUUUGCUUAAGAACAUUGAAUUACUUGAUUCUCUGCAAAUGGUUUAAGCUAAUGUAGGGAAAAACUUGUUUCAGACUCGUUGGAGAGUUUUGUUUUGUUCACAGCUUCAGCCGACUCAUAUGUAACAGAUUCGCCAAAAUUUUGUGCAUUUUUUGUUUUGA